AUGAGGAAGAUGGAGCGCCUUCAGCUUAGGAAUCGGAUUGAAAAGAAAGCUGCCUAUGUGCAGGAGCUGGAGAAGCAAUACAUAGGUCUUCAGAAUCUCAUACAACGAAAUGAGCAAUUAUAUGGCUCAGGAAAUGCUGCCAGUGGAGGUGUGUCCUUACCUUUUAUUCUUGUACAGACUCAUCCACAUGCAACUGUUGAAGUGGAAAUAUCAGAAGAUAUGCAGCUUGUACAUUUUGAUUUCAAUAGCACUCCGUUUGAGCUGCAUGAUGACAACUAUGUCCUCAAGGCAAUGAAAUUUUGUGAGAGACCGCAGAGUGAUAAUAUGACGCAGAAUCUUGUGGACGGGGGUGAAGGUUCUAGCAUGUCAGGCUUGUAUCAGGCGCAGGUCACUCCUUCAGUGUCAAACGAACCGGUCAGAACUCCAACCUCGCCGCCUCUCCCUGGGAUAUUGAAGGCAAGAGUUAAGCAUGAGCAUUGAUAUGCAAUUAUAUUCUGUCCCGCUUGCGUUAUUUUAUCUUGUCUAUAUAUACUUUUGUAAAGUAGUUUUCUGUCAAUUAAUACACCUUCAUGAUGGUUAAGAAUACAGCCAGCCAGCCAGUCACUCUGUGGCUUAGUCACAGAUAGGCACCUGUGCUUUUAAUUUCUCAAGAGUCAUUGCUGGCUAAUUUUUUACUAGUGUCCACCGUAUGUACCAGCAUAGGAUUAAUUCUUCAAUUCACUCUGGUGUAAAUUUUAACUUCUUAUGUUAAUCUUUGUUAGUAUAUUUUUUACUUCAGGCUGUGCCUCGGUCAAGUUCAUGGGUAGCAGUACAAUCUUUUGGAAGGUUUUCUAGCAGGAUAACUGACUAUAUAGAUACCAAAAUUUGAAUGCCAUUAAA